AUGUCUAGUGCUGCUACACCUGAACUUUCGGUAGGGACUAACCAACCAAAUGGAUUGCCAGGGAAUGAAGGUGAUAACGAUAUAGUUAAUGGAAUUCGUCGUAAGAUCGAGUUAAAUCCAGCAGAUAUAUUACCAUAUUUAGAGCUAGUGCAGUAUUACGAAUCUAAGGAUUCUUUUCAAGAGUCAAGAGAAGUUUAUAACAGUUUACAUGAUAAAUUCCCCACAUAUUCACCACUAUGGACUUUACAGUUGAAGGGAGAAUUACAAAGGGAUGAAUUUGAAUUCGUGGAAAAAAUGUUAGCACAAUGUCUUUCAGGUAAAUUGGCGAAUAACGAUCUACCAUUAUGGUCUACUUAUUUGGAUUACGUUCGCCGGAGAAACAAUUUAAUUACAGGUGGUCAAGAGGCAAGAGCAGUUGUAGUAAAGGCAUUUGAAUUAGUAAUGGAUAAAUGUGCAAUUUUUGAACCUAAGUCCUCACAAUUUUGGAACGAUUAUCUGAGCUUUUUGGAACAAUGGAAGCCUGUCAAUAAAUGGGAGGAACAACAACGAUUAGAUAUGAUUAGGACCCUCUACAAAAGGAUGCUUUGUGUUCCAUUUGAAAAUAUUGAAAAAAUGUGGAAUCGUUAUACUGAAUGGGAACAAGAUGUGAAUUCAUUAACCGCUAGAAAAUUCAUUGGUGAAUUAUCGUCGGAAUAUAUGAAAGCUAGAUCUUUGUAUCAAGAGUGGUCUCACAUUACAAAGGGGUUAAGAAGGUCAUAUCCAGUUAGUGUUUCGACAGCCAAUAAAAACAACGUUCCUCAAACGGGGGAAGGAAUGGAUCCGAGUCAACUGCAAAUCUGGUUAAAUUGGAUCCAUUGGGAAAAGGAGAACAAAAUGUCAUUGAACCAGGAUUUAUUGAAUAGAAGAAUAACUUACAUUUACAAACAAAGCGUCCAAUACAUGCUUUUUGCUGCAGAGAUGUGGUACGACUAUGCUAUGUACAUUCCGGACGUAUCUGAACGUCAACAGAUAUUAUAUACUGCAGUCUUGGCAAAUUCGGAUUCCCCCUCCUUAACUUUUAAACUUGCAGAGUCCUACGAAACUGAUAAUAAAUUUGAUGAGGUGAAAAGAUGUUUCGAAGAUUGUACGAAUGCGUUAUUGCAAGGUUACCAAGCUAUGGCAAAUGAGCAAGAUGACGACAGCAUGCCAGUUUUCAAGCAAAGAAAAAAAUUGACAUUCGUGUUUUGUGUGUAUAUGAAUGCGAUGAAAAGGUUGGCAGGAUUAUCAGCGGCAAGAAUGGUAUUUGGAAAAUGUCGUAAAUUAAAAAGGAUAUUGACCCAUGAUAUUUAUAUCGAAAAUGCCUAUUUGGAAUUUCAAAAUCAAAAUGACUACAAAACACCAUGUAAAGUUUUAGAAUUGGGACUCAAAUAUUUCCAAACUGAUGCUCUUUACGUGAACAAAUAUUUGGAUUUUUUAAUUCUGCUCAAUAGAGACUCACAGAUAAAGACACUUUUUGAAACCUCAGUAGAAAAGAUUCAAGAUUUAACCGGUUUAAAAUCGAUUUACAAGAAAAUGAUUAGUUAUGAAUCAAAAUUUGGUAAUUUACAAAACGUUUAUUCAUUAGAGAAUAGAUUCUUCGAAAGAUUUCCUCAGGAGAAUAUGAUUGAAAUCUUUACCGAUCGUUAUAGAAUUCAAGAGGAAAAUCUGAUAAAGGAAUUAGAACUAACAUAUCUGGCAGACGAUCUAUUGUCAUCUUCAGAUUUGACAGAAUUAACGGGAUCUUCAUUAAAGAGAACUCGUGAAACUCAAGACAAAUUACAAUCAAAUAAAAAGCAAAAGAAUAAAAUUGGUAUUCCUGAGGAUAUCAUUAAUGUGUUAGCAAUUCUGCCCAAGAGACAAUAUUUCAAGGCUCCAUUAUUAGACCCUCAAAGUUUGAUAAACUAUUUAAAUGAUCAAGUAGAAUUACCAUCCCCAAAAUGA